CACCUCGACAGACUGCACGCAUCAUCUCACGCUCCGGGAAUGGGAUCUUUAUUGAGUUCAAAGAAAAACUUCGAGUUCUUUCGAAUUUACGCUUUGCAGAGGCUACUUUUCAAACUGCAGGGAUAGUUGUUACUGCAGGUGCAGGGUGACAGCAACGAAAAGCCACUGGCCAAUGACUUCCAAGACGCGCGAGAAGUUGUCAGGGAGUUUCAGACGCCAGGAAUCAGUUUAGCACCUCGAGGUAAGGUGUCUUAAUUUGAUAACGAAGAGAUUCUAGUGAUCAAGGACCGUAGUUACUUCAACCGAGGCGUGCGUAAAAUAUGUGUGCGUAAAGUUGGAGCUGUUGCGCACGGUUUAAAUUUGGCUUUAGUGUGGGCAGCUAAUACAAGAAGGCGUACAAAACAACAGGUUUAUUAAUUUUUAUAUAUGUGAAAAGUGUUAAUACCUUGACAGCCAUGGCAAAGUGGUUCAGAGAUUUCCCCAUCAACCUUAAGAACGGAAAUGAAAGGGUCCGCUCGGCCUCAGAAUCUGGUCCACAAACUCGACCCAAACCCUCGUUCUCUCGCGACAGUCUGAAAGGGAAUCAGCGCAAAGACGGCGGAGUGGGGGGUUUACUGGCAGGGAGAAACAGGAAAAAUUCGGCUACAGAAUUGGGUCGUAACAACGCUGGUUCUGGUGGGACCGUCUGGGAUAGUCUCACGACUGGAAAAGGUCGCAAGAACUCCAAAGUCGAGGCUGGGGCGUCAGAUGAGAACCGCCAGGUCAGGACCACAAGUUUGGCGCAAGCAUACAUCAGCAGGAUGAUCAAGGUGGACAAACAAGACAAGACCCCCAAACUCAACGGGAUAAGUGAGCAGAAGCAGCCCGAGAACGAAAAGGGAAGAUCUGACAUUAAAACAACGCUGAUAAUCCUGGAGGACUACGCCGAUCCUUUUGAUGCAGAGAAAACCAAAGAGCAGAGGGAGGCUGAGAGAGCAGGGGUGAAUGAUGGGUACAUGGAGCCCUACGAUGCCCAGGUCAUCAUCACAGAGGUUCGUAGACGGGGCUCCAAAGACCUCCUGAAAGUGUGUGUUCUGCUGGACCGAGGCAAGAGAGAGGGGAAGGAUGAAGAGGGAAAACCUGCGCCCCCAAACAUCUACGACACACCGUACGAGGGCGGGCUGGAGGGUGACAGUGGGGGGGUGUGGAUCCCUGUCACGAGGCCAGAGUCCGACGUCCGUCCCGCUGGAGAGUACGAACUGCCCUGGGAGUGGAGAAAGGAGGACAUUGUUAGAGCGCUGUCAGCUCAGUUCGAGGCAGUGGAUUGUUCUCCCACUAAAGAGAACGGCUCAACCUCCACCCGCCAACAGCAGCAGCAGCCGCAGCAGCAGCAGCCACAGCAGACCCUGAGGCAGAAGAACUGGAACCAUAAAAUACUUGUACCAUCCUCUCCAUCCUCCUCCUCUUCUCCCUCCUUCCCCUCCUCUCCUAUUCUCAAACUCUCCCCGCUCACGCCCCCAUCCCCGUCUUUCCCCACCCUGAAACUCUCCCCCCUCUCACCCUCUUCUAGUCCCAACAAACUUUCCCCUCCAUCUCCUACCUCCCCCAGCGCCCCACUGGAUGGGGAGGCAGCCAAAGUGGACCCCAGCCUGCCCCUGGAGAAGCAGAGCUGGUACCACGGCAGUGUGAGUCGGCAACAGGCUGAGGCUCAGCUGCAGCGCUGCAGGGAAGCCAGCUUCCUGGUGAGGGACAGCGAAUCAGGAACCAGCAAGUACUCCAUCGCUCUGAAGACCAGUCAGAGUUGUGUGCACAUCAUCGUGGCCCAGACGAAGAGCGUUAAGGGUCUGGGCUUCACACUGGACCAGAGCAGCUGCGUCUUUGCCAGUAUCCCUGAGCUGGUCCACCAUUACUGCACACACAGACUGCCUUUCACUGGAGCAGAGCACAUGACCCUGCAGCACCCUGUGCCCAGGCCACACUGAACAUGCACAAAGGAUGAGCAAACACUGGGACAUGAGUACACGUGCACAGAGACAUGCACACAGACACACAUAUUAACUUGUAAUACAUGUGUACACACACAUACUCAAAGAUAUGCUGCUUUGGAUCGUCUUGUGUACUACUCUGUCAAGUUUAUACUGUAUGUUUGUAUCUCUUCCAUGCGCCCCCUAGUGGUCGUAGUAAUGCAUUACAAUAACCAUUGAUCACAUUGUUGUAGUGGUCAUUGUUUCCAAUCUAAAAACUCUACUGAAUGUAUUUAAAGUUACAGGAAAACUUCCACAGCCUUGUGUAGUUGUCCCAUUGUCGUGCCCAUUGGCCUUACAGAUGAUACUCAGUACCACAGAAACCAAAUUGAUUUCUCUAAUACCUGAAACAAUGCACAUGAAGCCGUGCACUUACUGUAAACAAUCGGAUAUUUGAAGUAAGCGGAGAACUUUGUGAUCUCUCCUUACACAAAGGUGCUGGCAUCAUCAAUUAUCGCCAUGCCAUCCAGUUAGGCUUGGACCGUGAGAUCGAUACACCUGAUUGGAGUAUAUCCAUUCAUCCAUCUGACAUGUCAAUCAGCCUAUUGAUUAUCCUGAAAAUCAGGCUCAUUUGCCAGCCACUCUGUCUGUCAAGAGAAAGAGCUUUAUUGAUUAGACGAUUAGGACUAGUGUAGUGGGAGGGGUCUCGUAACAUUACAGUGCCCAGUCAGCGAAAUUGUUUGAGUGUGAGUGCAAAAUAAAUAUGUGAAUAUUGUGUCCAUGUACGUGCAUCGGCUGUAAUCUAGGUAUGAGGUCGUGAUUAAAAAGCUACUGUAUUGUGAGUGAAAAAUGUACCUUUAAAUGUACUUAUGCAUAAAUGAUGUAUGUGUGAAGUUUUUUUUUUUAAUCAAUCGCACAAAGAUGUGGGUUGUAUAUUAUUGUUGUAAGACUUCUAUUCAGUAAAUAAAAUAAAAAUUCAU